AUGUCAGGAUCCGAGAAAAAGCAAAACCCAUACCCAGUACCACCUCCAAAACCUCCGAGAACCUUUGUGUCAAAGCCCAGAACAGGUGUAUUGCAACCAAAUCAAGAGGAUAAGGAAUCGGAGAAUUACGAUGCAGUCUGGCCUUCCAAAAGUAACGAAGAGCUACUGAAGAAGAUUGAGAACCUUGGAGUUAAGGAUGUUAUCAAAUCAAAUAGAGGGGAGACUGGACAUGCCACAGGAGGUCAAGUAAAGAGGAAGAAAUCUGGUGGUUCUGUGAAGGACAAAAUACAACAACUUGAGCAGAAAAUCUGCGACAAAAAAGUAAGAACCAUUCAAACUCAAGCUCAGGAGCGUGACAUGUCUACACCAACCAUGACACAUACUCCUGUAAAAGGGGAGGUAAACAGAAGACCGCCGAUACCCAAACCUAGACUAAAUAAAAGAAAGAGUAAUGAGGAGCAAAGAAUUGAACAGGAAUUGAAAGAUGAGGUAUAUGCAGAAAUAAGUGAUGAAGAAAUCAACAAAAAGAGCGAAUACAGAUAUGUCGCAGCCAUUGAUAUCGGGACGACUUAUUCGGGGUAUGCCUUCUCAAGCCGUGAGCAGUUCAACAGUAAUCCUUUGGAUAUUUUCACCCCGCGCUGGAACGACGGUCUGUUUCUAUCCCUGAAAACAUCCACCUGUGCUCUUUAUAAUGAAAAAGGAGAGUUCGACUGUUUCGGUUAUGAUGCUGACAAUAAGUACUAUGAUAUGACGUUAAACGACCCGGAUCUUGUGGAACGUUGUUUGAAGUUUACAAAUUUUAAGAUGAAAUUGUAUGAUACAAAGGGAUCUUUAGAAGGUUUAGUUUUAAAGGCUGACCAAGGAGGUACAAUGCCAGCUUUGAUUGUAUUUUCGGACGUUAUUCUUCACCUAAAAAAUAAGAUAAUCAAUGACAUUUGCCAAAUAAAAUCUGAUGUCAUUGAGGAUGAUGUCCUAUGGGUUCUAACUGUGCCAGCAAUUUGGAAUGACGAAGCAAGAAAGUUUAUGAUUAGAGCUUCUGCUAAGGCGGGGAUUCAUGCGGACGAUCUUGUUCUCUGUUUGGAACCUGAAGCAGCUGCUGUAAUGUGUAAAGAGUUGAAAGUGCAGAACUAUAUCCAAACAAAAUCAGACAGCGUUUUAGCCUUCAUGUUGGGUACAAAAUUUGUUGUGGUUGAUCUUGGAGGUGGUACAGUAGAUAUUACAACUAAUGAAGUUCUCCCAAGUGGUAUGAUCCGGGAACUCAAGUGCUGUAGAGGAAGUGACUGUGGAGGAACAUACGUUGAUAAGUGUUUUUGGGACUUCAUACGAAAUGUUCUUGACUGCAAUUUCGAGACUCUUAGUAAAUCCUAUCGAACAGAAAUGCACGACUUGUGGAGGAGCUUCGAGAUAAAGAAAAGACAAGUUGAUUCGCAAAAGUCGCAAUACGUUAUGCUUCAAAUACCAUCAAUUAUCGCUUCGAAAAUGAAAUCCGAGAAAUUAAGCAAAUAUAAUGUAUCUCUGGUUCGAGACAAGCUGAAAUUCCCCAUAACACUUUUCCAAGAGUUCUUUUCAUCGUCAGUGUCGAGCAUUCUGAAAUGCCUUCGUGAGGUUGUUACCGAUGAAAUUCACUCCAUACUGCUGGUUGGUGGUUAUGCAGGUUGUAAGGAAAUCAGACAGGUUAUAAAGCAAACGUACCCAUCACUUCGUUUGGUCUGUCCACCUGAAUCCGAUUUGGCUGUAGUUAAGGGCGCUGUCAUUUUUGGACACAAUCCAGCCGUCAUUUCCUCGAGAAUAAGUAAAAUGUGGUAUGGUAUUCAAUUGACUCCUGAAAUUUCUCCAAUCAACAAAAUCUACGAAGGAAAUUUCUAUUCUGUGACUAAGAAAGGUCAACCAAUAAAAAUUGGUGAAAAGGUUCUUCACAAAUUUUACAUCAGAGAGAAACUGAAAGGUGGUGUUCUGAAUCUUAGGCAAGUUAGUUCUUCCAAUGAUAAAAUGCCAGUAAAUGUCGAAGAAGAAAUAAACUGUCUAUUUUCAGAGCUACGUGUACCGAUUCCUGCGCAUCAAGACCACAUGAAAAGAAUUCUGAAUAUUUCAAUAAAAUUUAAAGGAACAGAAUUUGUAUAUUCCGCAUUUGUAACACUGAAAACCUGCAGUCCAUCUAGAUGUGUUGUUAAAGUAACCUAA